ACUUCCGCAUUUGAUUUUGAAACUUAACUUCUCCUCAACUUAGGCGACUGUCCUGUUGAGAGCUGCGUUUGGAUCUCUGACAUGGAGAAUAUGCUGUCAUUCUGGGAUGUGGUCAUUUAUUUCUCUGCAGAGGAAUGGGAAUACCUGGGUCCUGCUCAGUGGAAACUGUACAGGGAUGUGAUGUUGGAGAAUUACAACAACCUUGUUUUCCUGGGUCUUGCUUCCUCUAGGCCAUACCUAGUCACGUUCCUGGAGCAAAUACAAGAGCUUUCAGAUGUGAAGAGUCAAUCGGCCAUCACUAGUUGCUCAGGGGGAGACUGCUAUACAUGCAAAGAAUGUGGUAAUGUCUUUGAAGGGAAAGAAGCAUUUCAAGAUCAUCAGAUAAUUCAUUUAGGAGACAAGCCCUACAAAUGUGAAGAGUGUGGCAAGUCCUUCCGUUAUCCAUCAGUACUUUCUGAACACAAAGGAAUUCACACAGGAGAAAAACCCUACAAGUGUGACAUCUGUAGCAAGGCCUUCCAUGGUCCAUCAAGACUUUCUCAACAUAAGAAAAUUCACAUAAAAGAAAAAGUCUACAAAUGUGAAGUAUGUGACAAGGCUUUCAGUUAUUCAUCAAGACUUUAUGUUCACAUGAGAAUCCAUACAGGAGAGAAGCCAUACAAGUGUGAAAUAUGUGGGAAGGCCUUCCACUCUCCACCAUCACUUUGUCAACAUAAGAGAACUCAUACAGGAGAGAAACCCUACAAUUGUGAUGUAUGUGGCAAGGCCUUUCGCUUUCCAUGUUUACUUUCAAAACACAAGAUAAGUCAUACAGACCAAAAACCCUACAAGUGUAAAAUCUGUGGAGAAUUCGUCCGUUCUCAGUCAUCACUUCAUUCACACAAGAUAAUGCAUGCAGGAGUGAAACCCUAUAAGUGUGAAGUAUGUGGCAAGGCUUUUGAAUAUCCAUCAUUACUUUCUAGUCACAAGAGACUUCAUACAGAAAAAAAUCCCUACAAAUGUGAAGUUUGUGACAAGACCUUUGAAUAUCCAUCAAGUCUUUACAAACAUAAAAGAAUUCAUACAUGAGAGAAACCCUACAAGUAUGAAGUAUGCGGCCUGGCCUUCCAUUGUCCAUAAUUACAUUCUGAAAAAAGAGCAUCCAUACAGGUGGAAACCCUAAACUUGUCAUGUAUCAGUCAAUGUAUCCUGUAGAACUUUCCAGAUUCAUUCCUUCAUUUCAUAACUCAUUCCGGAGAGAAGCCAUACAAACAUGAGGAAUGUGGAAAAGCCUCCUUUACAAAGUCCUACCUAUGUCUACACAAAUUACCUCACAAUGGAGAGACUAUUUACAAAUGAAAAGAGUAUGUCAAAGUGCUCAACACAUUUAGGGAUCAUCAAAGAAUUUAUUCUGCAGAGAAACCAUACAAAUGUAAACAAUGUGGCAAAUACUUUUGAAGUUCCAUUGCAUGGUCUGAACAGAGAAUAAUUCUAUUAAAGAUAAAUACUACACAUGUGAAGAAUGUGGCCAACACUAUUAUUACCAGUCUUCUGGUCUCAAGCAACAUGAAAGACUUCAUCUGUGAGAGAAACCACACUAGUGUGAAGAAUGUACUAAAGACUUUUGGACUUACUGAAACUAUGGGAAAAACCUUAUAUUCAUAGUAGAUUGAAAUGUCACAAGUGUGAAAAAUAUUGCAAUCGCCUUAAUAAGCUUUCUUAUAUUUCUUAGCACAAGGUAGGUCAAACUGGAGAGAAAUAGUAAAAAUGUUAAAUGUUCAUAAAAUCUUAACACUUCUUCAGACCCUAAAAGUUAUCAACAGCUUCAUACUGAAUUGAAGCCCUAUAAAUUUGGGGAGUGUAGUAAAGGCUUUGGAAUCCUUCAUACACCCAUGUCAAAAGUGGAGCUGUCAGACCCUGUGGAUGUCCUUCUGGAUUUGGGGAUGAUCCUUCAUUGUUGUCUUUUGUUUCUUUUAGAAUUGAAGCCCUUGUUCUAUACCAGUAUGUAGAAAAGUAGUCACUUGUUUGUAUGUUGUAGAAGCUCACAGUUAAGAGAUUGCCUUGAGUCUCACAUGCCACAUGGACUGUGGUCUUUCAUGCUGUUGUAAUUGUUAAAUUCUUUGUGGACCUUUCAAGCUGUAACCUAUUUUACUUAGAAGUAAGGGUAAGGUUUGUGAAAGGGAAGGAAUGUUUUGAUUAAAAGCUUUUAGGAUAAAGCUAGCAUGUUUGAGAACAAAGUGAAUUGUCAACCAGACCCACACCCAUGUUAGUGUUCCCAGUACCUUCAAAAUAGAAUGAGGUAAUUACCUCUGAAGGUUGUCCUCUCACCUCCAUGUAUGGGCCCCCACAGAAACAUAUAUUUGUGUGCCCAGAAAUAAACAUAAAUUACACUUUUGAAAUG